UGUUGUUUGUAACUUUGCAGGCUCGGUGGCGGCGGGUCCCAGGGGAGAAGGCCCUCCGCCGCUCGCUCAUUGGCCGCCCCGCCGUCAGCUGGUGCUAUUUGCUGCUGUCGCUUUUGGCGCUCGGCCAUCCAGAAACAAACCCCUCGGAUGACUCCUAAUAGUUAUCGCCAGAUGUACUAAUACACAACAAAUCACGGCGCGGGGUCCGGGGAGCGCCCAUGAGUUCCUAUUUCGUGAAUCCCUCCUUUGCGGGGAGCUUGCCCAGCGGGCAGGAGUCCUUCCUCGGGCAGCUGCCCCUCUACCCGGCCGGCUACGAGGCGCUCAGGCACUUCCCCGCCUCUUAUGGGGCCGCCGCCAGCCUGCCGGACAAGCCCUACGCCACCUCACCUGCCUUCUACCCACAGUCCACCAACACCGUCCUCGCCUGCAACCGGCCCGCCGCCUAUGACUACGGGGGCGCCUGCUUCUACGCCGACAAGGACCUGGGCGCCGCCGCCACCUCCUCCUCGCCCUCGGGCAGCGGAAAGGCACGGGCCGGCCACCCGGGGGGGGACUUUCUGCCCUGCUUCGCUGCGGACCCGCAGCACUACAAGCCCGAGGGCGGCCCGGCCAAAGCCCUCCAUGACGAAGGCAGCGACCGGAAGUACAGCAGCCCUGUUUACCCCUGGAUGCAAAGGAUGAACUCCUGCGCUGGUACAGUCUAUGGGACGCAUGGGAGACGGGGCAGGCAAACCUACACCAGAUACCAGACCUUAGAGUUAGAGAAGGAAUUCCAUUAUAACAGAUACUUAACCAGGAGGCGACGGAUUGAGAUUGCCAACGCUCUCUGCCUUACAGAACGACAAAUUAAAAUCUGGUUUCAAAACAGACGCAUGAAGUGGAAAAAGGAAAGCAAACUGAUCAAUUCCACACAGCCCGGCAGCGAAGAGACAGAGGAGAAGCCAGGGGAGUAAGACCAUGCUUAAUUUAAGCAACAUUCACAGACCUUGCCUUGGUAUCUUCCUCUUCUCCC